AUGGAUACAAUUGGUAGUAAUUCAGUUAAUUCUGGUUUUGUUGGUAUUAAAUUUUGUCAAGAAUGUAAUAAUAUGUUAUAUCCAAAAGAAGAUAAAGAAAAUCGAAUAUUACUUUAUGCAUGUCGUCGUUGUCAGCAUCAACAGGCGGCAGACAAUCCUUGCAUUUAUGUCAAUAAGAUUACACAUGAAAUAGAGUAAGUAUUAAUUUUCAUAAAUACUUACGAUAUUAGUAAAAUUUAUCUUAAAAAAAAAAAUUUGUUCGAUAAUUUUAUUAUGAAAAAGAGUCACACAAAAUAUUGUUCCAUAUAGAUUUUUAAUAUAAACGAUCUGUAAGGAAAAUCUUUUUACUUUCUUUGAUUUAUUUCUGUUAUACAUGUAUAAAAUAAUGCAAAACAAAAUAAACUACUUGCAUAAUAAUUGAGCAAUAUUUAUUAAAAAAAAGGUUCUGUAAGAUAACAUGCAGUUAUUUUUGUACUAUGGUUGUAUAUGAUCGUUUUGAUCAGUUUAUAAAAAUUGAAUCGACUUAUCGUCUCAAAAGACUUCUUUUUUUGUGACGUAUUUACAAAAGAAAAUGUCUUUUUCAUAAGUUCAUA